AUGACAGAUAAUCCAUUUGAGUCAUAUUUGAAUGACAAAAAUGAGGAUAAACUCCUACUAGAGGCAACUUCUGAGUUGCUUUCGAAACCGACCUCUUCUCUCGAGUUCUGUUUUCUCACGGUACAAGAAACUCUGGAAAAACUUCGUACAAAUUCUGAAUCAGGUCUCGAAUCACCAGAUGAAGCAAACUAUAGAAGAGAUCAAUAUGGACCUAAUGAGAUCUCAACUGAGGAGGACGAACAAUUACUCAAAAAAUUCCUUAUGACUUUUGUUGAAGAUCGUUUAAUCUUGUUAUUAAUCGGUUCUGCUUUAGUCUCUUUCUUUAUGGGAAAUAUCGAUGAUGCUAUCAGUAUUACUUUGGCAAUUUUUAUUGUUGUUACCGUUGGAUUUGUGCAAGAAUAUAGAUCUGAGAAAUCUUUAGAGGCUCUCAACAAAUUAGUUCCAGCUGAGUGCCAUUUGAUAAGGGCUGGCAAAGCCUCAAAUGUUCUGGCUUCAUACCUAGUUCCAGGUGAUUUAGUACGUUUCAAAAUUGGUGACAGAAUUCCCGCAGACAUAAGAAUAAUUGAAUCAUUUGACCUCACAAUUGAUGAAAGUAAUUUAACGGGCGAGAAUGAACCAGUUCACAAAUCAUCAUCACCAAUAAAUAGAGACAGUUAUAACGAUCAGCCCAAUGCGAUUGUCCCAAUAGCAGACCGUACUUGCAUCGCAUAUAUGGGUACUUUGGUGAAAGAAGGUCACGGUAAAGGUAUUGUCGUCGGUACCGGAACUAACACUUCUUUCGGUUCUGUCUUUGAAAUGAUGAGUAACAUUGAAAAGCCGAAGACACCUCUGCAACUAUCCAUGGAUAAGCUGGGAAAGGAUUUGUCUUUAUUCAGUUUUAUUAUUAUUGGCUUCAUUUGUUUUGUUGGUAUCAUACAAGGGAGAUCCUGGUUAGAAAUGUUCCAAAUUUCUGUUUCUUUAGCUGUGGCAGCUAUUCCAGAAGGUUUACCCAUCAUUGUGGCCGUUACCUUAGCUCUUGGGGUACUAAGAAUGGCAAAACGUAAGGCUAUUGUCAGAAGACUGCCAAGUGUCGAGACUCUCGGUUCUGUGAACGUUAUUUGUUCUGAUAAAACCGGCACCCUUACUUCUAAUCAUAUGACCGUUUCAAAGCUUUGGUGUUUAGGUAGUAUGGCCAACAAAUUAAAUGUGUUGAACUUGGAAAAGAAGAAGUCUACUAAUUUACAGAAUUACCUGACUGAAGAUGUCAAAAAUACGCUGUUUAUUGGGAAUGUAUGCAAUAAUGCUACUUUUUCUCAUGACCAUGGAAGGCAUUUAGGUAAUCCAACAGAUGUUGCCUUAUUAGAACAAUUACCAAAGUUUGGAUUACAGGAUGUGAGAAACACUGUAAGAAAGAUCGAAGAACUUCCUUUUAAUUCUAGCCGCAAAUAUAUGGCGACAAAAGUUAUUGAUUCUGAGGACAAACAGAUGAUUUUUGUAAAAGGUGCUUUCGAAAAAGUGCUAUUGCAUUCUUCGUACUAUCUCAAUGAAAAAGGUAAGAUAGAAAAGUUAACAGAAGGUAAGAAAGACAUCAUUAACGAAUGUGCAAAUUCCUUGGCUUCUGAAGGUUUACGUGUAUUAGCCUUCGCUAAGAUCAUCGUAGCAGAAGCUGAUGUUGAAAAACUCACCGAGGAAAGCAUUCAAGAUUUGAUAUUCACUGGAUUGGUUGGUAUGAACGACCCUCCAAGACCAUCCGUGAAAUCCGCAAUUGAACAAUUACUCCAAGGUGGUGUACAUAUCAUUAUGAUUACAGGAGAUUCCGAAAAUACAGCUGUCAAUAUUGCAAGACAAAUUGGUAUUCCUGUUAUCGAUCCAAACCUUUCCGUGUUAUCCGGUGAUAAGUUAAAUGAAAUGUCCGAUGAUCAAUUAGCAAAUAUAAUAGAUCAUGUCAAUAUUUUUGCCCGUGCUACACCAGAACACAAGCUGAAUAUUGUCCGUGCCUUGAGAAAACGUGGUGAUGUUGUUGCAAUGACAGGUGAUGGUGUUAAUGAUGCACCUGCGUUAAAAUUAGCCGAUAUUGGUGUUUCAAUGGGUAAAAUGGGGACAGACGUUGCAAAGGAAGCUUCCGAUAUGAUUUUAACAGAUGAUGAUUUCAGUACUAUCUUAACAGCUAUUGAAGAAGGUAAAGGUAUUUUCAAUAACAUUCAAAACUUUUUGACCUUUCAAUUAUCGACUUCAAUUGCAGCUUUAUCCUUAAUCGCUUUAUCCACAGCACUGAAAUUACCAAAUCCUUUGAAUGCUAUGCAGAUAUUAUGGAUCAAUAUUUUAAUGGAUGGUCCGCCCGCACAAUCUUUAGGAGUUGAACCUGUGGAUCACGAAGUUAUGAAAAAGCCACCAAGGAAACGUUCUGAAAAAAUUUUGACACAGAGAGUGUUGACCCGUCUGGUCACCGCUGCUAUUUGUAUCAUAUUUGGUACUGUUUAUGUUUUUGUCAAGGAAAUGGCCGAAGAUGGAAAGGUUACAGCACGUGAUACAACCAUGACUUUUACUUGCUUUGUUUUCUUUGAUAUGUUUAACGCAUUGGCAUGUAGACAUGCUACAAAAUCAAUUUUUGAAAUCGGUAUCUUCGCAAAUAAGAUGUUUAAUGUCGCUGUUGGAUUUUCUCUAUUGGGACAAAUGUGUGCUAUUUACGUUCCUUUUUUCCAACAAAUUUUCAAAACUGAAAGCUUAAGUGUGGGUGAUCUGGUUUUCUUGGUAUUGUUAAGUAGUACCGUAUUCAUUGCAGAUGAAUGUAGAAAGAUUUGGGAGAGGAGGAAGCGUGAACAAGAGGCACUGUAUUAUUCUUCGGUUUAG